UAAUCAGAUUACUCUGGCACUCGACCCGGUAGCCAGCAAUUGCAUCCGUCGGAAUGAAUCACGACGAAGAGGAACUGAAGGAACUUCGCUCGGAUGGCAGACGAACGGAUGCCGGUCGCAAACCGGCAACAUCAUCUUCCUGCAACUGCAGAUGCGUUCGCGAACAGUUACGACAUCGGUUUAAUAUCCUCAAUUGGAUAACAGUGUACGAUAAGGACGAUCUGAUAUCAGACUUCAUCGCUGGUGUCACGUUGGGUCUAACGAUUAUACCGCAAAGUAUUGCGUAUGCGGCAAUCGCCGGACUGCCAUCCCAGUAUGGACUGUAUGCCGCUUUCAUGGGCUCCCUGCUGUACGUCAUCUUCGGUACCGUGAAGGAAGUUUCCAUCGGACCGACCAGUCUGAUGGCCAUUCUCUCCGUUCAGUAUACGAUGGAUAAACCGAUCCAGUACAUGAUCGUGCUUGCUUUUCUUGCCGGUAUCGUGGAACUACUGAUCGGAAUGUUGAAAUUAGGCUUCCUGGUUAGCUUUAUUCCGAUUCCGGUCACUUCAGCGUUCACCUCGGCCACAUCGUUGAUUAUAGUCGGAACACAGCUGAAGCAUCUACUCGGGAUUCCUUCGAAUGCCAGGGGAUUCUUUCAGGCCAUAUACAGCUUGAGUGGAAAGUUGACCCAGUUUAGUGCCGGGGAUCUACUGCUCGGGGCUUGCGCUAUUGUGUUCCUUCUGUCACUUCGACUGCUCACCCGAAUCCCAGUGAAUGAUGAUAAACCGCAAGGAAAGUUUCUGAAAAAGUUACUUUGGUACAUUAGCUUGGCACGAAAUGCCCUGAUCGUGCUUAUCUCAUCCAUCAUCGCAUACAAAUGGAGCAAUUCCGGCGAAGAGGUUCCGUUCAAACUGUCCGGUCAUGUCGAACCAGGAAUUCCAGGCUUUGAGCUUCCGAUAUACAAUGUUCAUACGGGAAACAGAACAAUAACUUAUUUCGAAAUCGUGAAAGAUCUUGGCAGUGGCAUUAUUUUGGUUCCUUUGGUUGCAGUUCUAGCCAACGUGUCAAUCGCAAAAGCUUUCACUGCCGGAAAAAUUGUCGAUGCGUCCCAGGAAAUGAUCGCACUAGGACUGUGUAACAUCGUUGGGUCGUGCUUCAGCUCCAUGCCAACUUGUGGAGCAUUUACCAGAUCUGCCGUGAGUCAUUCCAGUGGUGUUCGAACGCCACUAGCGGGACUAUACUCCGCCAUCUUGGUCAUUUUGGCGUUAAGCCUCCUAACACCCUACUUCUAUUUCAUACCCAAGACAACGCUUGCUGCGGUUUUGAUAUGUUCCGUUAUUUUCAUGAUCGAUUUCAAGAUAGUGGACAGCUUGUGGAAAUCCUCCAAAAUGGAUACCUUAUCCUGGUUCGGUUGUUUCAGUGUUAGUCUGAUUGCCGGAGUCGAACUAGGCUUACUGUUCGGGGUCCUGAUAAGCGUUGUGGGACUGCUGAAGGUUUACGUUCGCCCUUCCAUCCAGCAGACCUCGGUGGAACAACGUGGAUUCCGGUACAUUAAACUUGCUCCCGAAAUGGGUCUGUACUUUCCGGCAGUCGAUUUUCUGCGAACCAGUGUCAUCAAAGUGGCCACCGAACAGCAGGUUCCGGUAGUGAUCGACUGCACCGCCGUCAUCGGUUUGGACCACACAUCGACGAAAGGGCUCAAGGAACUGGCCCGAGAGCUGGAUCAAGUGAAACAGAGACUUAUACUGCUCAAUCUGAAACCGUCGCUGAAGAAGCUACUGAAAGAUGCCGACAGUUCGUUUUCGUUCUGGGAGGACGAAGGAGGCCCAGUUGCAAGUAAUGCCGCUGCGGAACAUACGAUUUGAAAUAUAGGAAGCAUAGCUUCCUAGUUCUUUUGUCAAUGAAAGUCAUUAAUAAUUCUUAAUUUGUACUAGGUUAAGUAUUAGUAGUAUAGUUUUAAAGAAAA